AGGAAGCGGUUGUAGUUGUUCGCUGAGUUUAGCGGUAAUACUGCAGUUCAUGAUCGAUUGUUGUUAAGGCGUGUUUGUCGUGUGAGGGAGAAUGAAGGUGCAGACGCGGCUGUUGUGUUUUGCGCUGUAUGUGGUACACGCGGCUAGUAAACCCACGGAGAAGAAGGACCGCGUGCAUCACGACAGUCCCCUUAGCAACAAGAUCCAUGACGACCAGGAGGGUUAUGACUAUGAUCACGAGGCCUUCCUCGGAGAGGAUGAGGCAAAGACCUUUGAUCAGCUCACACCGGAGGAGAGCAGAGAGAGGCUGGGGAUGAUUGUGGAAAAGAUUGAUGAGGAUGAUGAUGGGUAUGUGACAGUGGAAGAGAUGAAGAAAUGGAUAAAACACGCUCAGAAGCGUUGGAUCUUCGACGACGUUGACCGUCAAUGGCAAGCACACGACCUUAACGCCGACGGACACAUCUCCUGGGAGGAGUACAGAAAUGCCACCUACGGCUACAUCCUCGAUGAGGCAGACCCAGAGGAUGGUUUUAACUACAGACAGAUGAUGUCCAGAGAUGAGCGGCGUUUUAAGCUGGCUGAUAGAGAUGGAGAUCUGUUGGCCAAUAAGGAGGAGUUCUCUGCUUUCCUGCAUCCUGAGGAGUAUGAUUACAUGAAGGACAUUGUAGUGCUUGAGACGAUGGAGGACAUUGAUAAGAAUGGUGACGGCUUCAUUGACCUGGAGGAAUACAUUGGUGACAUGUAUAGUCGUGAUGGGGACCCUGCUGAACCGGAGUGGGUGAAGACAGAGAGAGAGCAGUUCACUGAGCAUAGGGAUAAAAACAAAGAUGGGCGGAUGGAUAAGGAGGAGACGCGAGACUGGAUCCUCCCCUCAGACUACGACCACGCUGAGGCCGAGGCCAAACACCUCCUCUAUGAGUCCGACGCAGACAAGGACGGACGUCUGACGAAGCAGGAGAUUGUGGAGAAGUACGACUUGUUUGUCGGGAGUCAAGCGACAGACUUCGGAGAGGCUUUAGUGAGACAUGAUGAAUUUUAAUCCCCGCGUUUCUCUCUCCACUAAUAGAACCAAAAAAGGACAAUAAUUUAUUUGACCUAUUUCUGUCUUCGACCCUGAUCAUACAUACACACACAAAUACACACAAAUACACACAUACACACAUGUGCACACAUACACACACACAC